GUUGUCCUUUAAAUAGCGUUACAGAAUACACACUGGACAAAAUGUCACACAAAAUGAGUAUGUGCCAGAGAGAUUUUGUCUCCUGUGAACUUUGCGUUUGAGUAACGGAUGAAAUAUGGAGAAAAAUAGCACAUUUGUCAAGACUAAAAGAAAACGACAGUGUUCCUCUUAACGUUGAAGAAAACCAUACAAAGACUUGAGAAUGGCCAGAAAAUUUAAAAGAAUAGAACUUGUUCCCGAAGGUUCCUUCAUUGGUCAUGCAGGAAGUCUGCCAGAUUUAUAUAAAAAUCGAGAUGAAGAAAUGUCCCUCUAUCUUAAAGAAUUUGAUUCCUUGGAAAAAGAAAAAGGGGGUCUCGAGAUGCAAGGAAAGGAAGCGGGAGUGAAAGUCACUGACCAGCCAGACCGCCAUCAAAAGACUUUUGUACUCCCCUCCCCAAGAGCAGUGCAGGAAAGGAAACCAAUACGGAAAAACAACUAUAAGAUUCCAAGAGUCCACAAGUUAAUCGUGACACCAGGAUGUAAAGAGAUGAAGGUCACGUGGGAUACAUUACUUAAGGAUGAAUUCGACGGAAUACAGUACAUAAUACAAUGGAGAAAGAAAGGCGAACAGAAAGGAUGGCGGAGAGGAGAGAGCAGUAAGCAAGUCUAUAUCAUCAAGAACCUGACGCCCGAGACAGACUACGAGGUGAAAGUGUCUGCUCUGUGCGACAAAGUCAUUUCUCCUGCAGAACAAACGCAUGCUUGCACAGAUAGACGUCUUGAAUUCGUUGAAGAAAGUGAAUUUCUUUCCCCUCCACAUUCCCCCGUUGUAUAUGACCAGAGAAAACUGUGUGUUAUCAUAGUAAAUGACUAUAAAGACGGGAUGCAUACUGAGCAAAGCGUGAAAACGAGGGAAAUAUUUGACUUUUAUGACAAAACAUUGCGUUUUAAAACUGUUGUCAAGCUUGAGAAUCAGCCAAGGGAGAAAAUUCGUGAAUGGUUUAAGGCACUAGAUAGAAGUAAAGUGUUUGAAGGAUUCGAAAUGUUCGUGUGUGUCAUCAUCGGCUUUGGAGAUUAUUACGGCUUUUACGGGAGUGACGAAGAGUUUAUUCCCUUCAUCGAAAUUUACAAACAUACCAAAGACAAGUUUGGAAACAAACCCAAAGUUAUUUUUGUUGACAUCAUACACGUCCACGUAAACAGAGUUCCUUCCAUGACAAAUGGAAGUGUUCGGGUGACAGAGAAUUCGUCCAGAGAAGUUAUUCUUGAAUGGACACCGCCGCGUUAUCACGAAGAAGACCAGGUUCAGUUUCACGUGGAAUGUUUCAAAGGCUCUCAAAAAGUGAAAGAAGUAUUCCAAUCAAAUUCUCGAAUAGAAUUUGCCAACCUAGAACCUAAUACACAGUAUAGAUUCCAGGUAACACCAGUUAUUGGAAAGGAACGCAAACAGCACGGACAUCUAGUUUAUGCAAACAUAAGAACCAGAGCAAUCGUCAAAGAUACGGAUGUAUUAGCAGUUCGAAGUCUCUGUGCGCAAAGGAUAUCGGACACAGAAAUAUUUGUGUUCUGGGAACCUCCAGAGAUAAGAAAAACAAACCAUUUGUCGUAUAUUGUGACCUGGACAGACCACGCCAAUGUUACCCUUUCCAAACGGUCAGAAAAAGAAACUAAGAAAACAUCAUUCACAAUCACAGAUGUCCGACCGGAUACGGAACACGUUGUGAAAGUAACAAUCAGGUCAUACGAUGACGUUUUCUUUCCCGUCAGCUACCACGUGGGACCAUAUUUAGAUGUACUGAGACCGGUUCAUGUCACCGCUAUGUCGGAAUCGCACUCUGGGUUUUGGGUUGACUGGCAGUUUCCGGUAGAUAAACAGGGGGUGCUAGAAAAGUUCGUUGUCGUCUGCUCCGAUUGUUUGUCUUUUCGGAAUAACAGGACAACGACCUUUGAUGUUGCAAAAGAACUGAGAUGUUUACCGGUGAAUUACAUACCUGAAAUACCAUAUGCCUACGUGAAAGUAAUUCCUAUUGCUAUGCAGAAUCCUGAAAGUCCAGAUGAGAAGCUUGACGAGUCCGUCAUCGCUCGCAUUGAAACAGAUAAGGCGAUGAGACUUUUUGUCUCCUCCAAAACGAGUAACUCUUGCGAGUUGAUAUGGUGGGUAGACAUUCAAGAUAGAGACAUGGCCUCUACUUACACCGCCCACUGCAAGCCCCUGGACCCGAGAAAGAAGAGGUUCAAACCGGUACCUCUCAAACUGGGACCCGAAUGCCGUCAAGUUCACGAGAUUGUGAAGCUUGAAAGCAAUACUAAUUACAGUGUUUCAAUUUACAAGCAAAGUAGGAUGUACACACAACAAGUCAAAGUAAAGACAUUACCAAAAGGUAACCCAGAAAACCUGACCAUCACAAUUAUCUCAUCUUUUGAGGUGCUUGUCAACUGGUCGGAGAGUUAUAUAUCGGAGGAAACGGAGAAUACUUACAUUGUGGAGUAUAAAUGUGACCCAAAGAUCAUGAAAACCCCAAUACGGAAGCGGGUACCGGGUUAUUCUGUGCACCUGACAGACUUGCAUCCCGAUGUCCAAUAUGAAGUAUCAGUCCGUAACCAGGAUAAGGGCGACCCCUCUGUUAAAUCUUUCACAACGCCUCAAUUCGGGCCGGCUAAUUUGGUACACCAAGUGAACUCCUCGGAGAUUCAUCUCGCCUGGCAAAACCCGCCAGUUCCAAAAGACUUUUCCGGAUCGUUGCAGUACCAGGUUGUGCUGGAACGAGAGGACGGGAACAAAAUAAAGAAGAAAGCCACGUUUCACAAAAAAUCUUCCAAGUUCAAAUGCGAGUUUGGAGGUCUAUGGUCAUCGACAUCUUACGUUGUCAAGUGCUUCACACUGGUUGAUGGAAAACGGAAGUACGCUCCAACAGUGAUAAAGGUCAAAACCAAAAACGAUCCCCCUCGGACCUUAUUAGAACCAAGGGGAGAUAAUUUCAUCAUUUCCUUUGCUUUAUGUAAAGUGCAAUCGCCAUCAGCCGAUGAACCACUGGAAUCCGGGCUAUAUACUAUGGCUCUUCUUCAACAAUUCCGUGAGGAUUUUAUCAGUAAAUCCGUAGAUGAGCUCCUAGCCGACAUCAAUGGUGAAAAAUUAACAUCAUACACAGUGACUAAUAUUAAUUACUCUAUGGAAAAUGUCAUGUUGGACUCACCAAAGGCCAGCGGUAAAGAACCUUGACUAAUUAGGCAUCAGAACUCCCACGCGCAAUAUAUUUUCACUCUCGCUAUAUUCUGUAUUUAUUUAUUUUUUAUCUUGCCCUUUGUUGUUUACAUAAAAUACAAUAACACAAUAAUUAAUCGAUCAUAAUAUGUUUAAGAUCCUUUAGCGAUGAAAUGAAUAUUAAGCAACACUUUAUUUUUUUAUUAUGUUUGUACCUAAUGGUUGUGUUGUAAAAUUAUUUUUAAUUUACGUUUUAUUGUUAGAAUUCAAAACAGUGAACUUCAUGCUAAAUGUGUCUUUCCUGAUACCCGAAGAUUGGAUAUUUUAAUGCUAUAAGUAAAGUAAAAUGUCAAAUCGCUAUAAUUAUUUACAGCAUUUGUAAAUUAUGUCAGGGAAAGUCCAGGGUCCUUUAUAGUAACCUUGUAAUCUACGAAUAAAAUAAAAGUAUUCAACAAACUCGUUCCAUGCAAUGUACCCGGUAAAGAAAACCCAAUAUUAAAUUUUCUCUAGGUGUAUAUUCUGUGGUAUUUGCUCUUACAUAUGGUAAAAUAUUAAUUUCAAAACGAUUUUGUAGUUUAUUUCAAGAUUCCAAUCUGUCUGUAAAAUUAAUAAAUUUAGAAACAUCAAUUAAAUUCCUGGUAUGAAAAAUAAUCCAAAAAUCUGUAUGUUUAGCAGCGUUAUUAAAAACUUCAAAAGUUAAUCAUAAUUAAUUGCACUAUAUUAUUUUUAAACAGUUCUUAUCUUGUGUACACAAAUAUUUAGAGAUCAUGUUCUGAAAAAAUCGAUUAAAGAUUUGCAUCAUGCUCAUGCACUUUUCUCUUGGCGCUAUUGAUUAAGACUACGGCUGAAAAGUAAUGAAUGAAAAAUCAAGCAAUUGCAGUUCUGCUGUAUUUUGUGAACUGAUAAGAUCCAGUGAUUCUAGUGACGUCAUGGAAAAGGAAACUCAGUUCACAAAUUGUAUAGAAAUGAACUCCCACACUUCUGCAGAAUUCCUUGCCCUACUACAAUGAAACAGUUUGAAACAAAGCUGGAUUAUUUUAGCGUUCUUGGGCUCUAUUUCUAUAUCAAGUUGGGUUUUUUUUGGUUUACCUGUUAUUAACAUACCUGAACAUUUUGAAUUUUAUAUUCGUCGGGUCAAAUCUAUAUCAUUAGAGAC